AUGGCAUCGCUCAAUGCAGAUCUGCGCCAGCGACCUGUUCAACAACCAGUAUCCGUUGCUGAGACCAACAGUGACGACAGUUCUGCAACAGCGUUAGCGCAGGUCUCUGCCUCAGACAGUGAUGAAGAUGAUCUUCCAAUGAAACCGUCUAAGCCGUCACAAGCUUCUGAUAAAACAUCUGAGGCGCUGGAUAGUGCACUGAAAGAUUUUUCACCAAGAUGGCGAAACUGGGUAAUUCGAGGCAUCUUUACUUGGCUGAUGAUAUUUUCAUUUGCAUUUAUGAUUUACCUUGGGCCAUUAGCGCUGGUUCUUGUGACAUUUGCUCUUCAGAUCAAGUGCUUCCAUGAGAUAAUCACCAUUGGCUACAUUGUCUACCGCUCCUAUGACCUUCCAUGGUUUAGAACAUUAAGCUGGUACUUCCUGUUUGCUUCUAAUUUCUUCUUCUUUGGGGAGAGUAUGAUUGGCUACUUUGGAGUACUCCUGGCUGGCACUGACAUGCUGAGACCUUUUGCGACCUAUCAUAGGUUCAUCUCCUUUUCUCUGUACACAGCAGGUCUCGUGGGCUUCGUCUGCAGUCUGGUAAAGAAGCACUAUUUGAAACAGUUCACACUGUUUGGAUGGACACAUGUUACCCUCUUGCUCGUCGUUGCUCAGUCACAUUUCAUUGUUCAGAAUGUCUUGGAAGGUCUUAUUUGGGUUCUUGUGCCAGUAUCCAUGAUUAUCUGCAAUGACAUUAUGGCCUACAUGUUUGGUUUCUUUUUUGGCCGCACUCCUCUGAUCAAGUUGUCCCCAAAGAAAACCUGGGAAGGGUUCAUUGGUGGUGCAUUCUCAACUGUAAUUUUUGGCAUCAUUUUAUCCUACUUCCUGCUGCAGUAUGACUAUUUUGUCUGUCCCGUGUCAUAUGAUGAAUCUAAAGAUGCCCUCUCGAUGGAGUGUGAGCGUUCCCAUGUCUUUGUACUCUCCCAGUACAAUUUACCAGAGACCAUCAGGGCAUUUUUCAAUUUACUGGGAAUCAAGAAAACAACAGUCAGUGUGUAUCCAUUCAUUCUUCAUUCAGUUGCCCUGUCAUUGUUUGCAUCAGUUAUAGGCCCCUUUGGUGGCUUCUUUGCCAGUGGAUUUAAAAGAGCUUUUAAAAUCAAGGACUUUGGUGAUACAAUUCCAGGACAUGGUGGCAUUAUGGAUCGCUUUGAUUGUCAGUUCCUCAUGGCAACCUUUGUUCAUGUCUACCAUUCCAGCUUCAUCAAGGUACCAAACCCACAGAAUAUAGUUCAGAGUGUCCUGAUGCUGAAACCUGAACAGCAAAUUCAAGUGUUCACAAUGCUGCGGGACAAACUGCUUCAGAGAGGCUUCAUUGAAAAUAUCACUACAACCACCACCACCACAACAACCACUGCAAUAUAA